AUGAAUACAGAGUCAUCUCCAUGUACACCGGAAGAUCCUUUUAAUGCUUCGUCAAGUGAAGAUUCUCUAUAUUGUCCUAGUAGUGACGAAGAUAGCUGCUCAGAUGUUGAUGAGAAUCCAGCACCGAAGAAGACUAAGAAACCUAAUAUAAACAAAAGCUCAACCCAGAUGAAGAUUACUACUGAUUAUGUUAAUUCGCCCUCUAUUGGAGUGUAUGAUACAGCUAAAGAUAACGAAUACGAUUUAAAUGUACCGAAUACUUCAAGCAGUAGACAGUUGAUUACUACUAAAACGAUGGAUAAAGACCAAGACUUAUGUAACAAUUCAAGGUUACCGAGUACUUUAAGUUGUACAAAACCAAUUAAAACACCAUAUAAGAGAAAACCGGAUCAUUGUUAUUAUUGCGAAACUAAGGUUCUAAAUUUCGGCCGCCAUGUGAUACGGAACCAUUCAAACGAAAUAGAUGUAGCAAGAAUUUUAGCAAAGCCCGUUAAAAGUAAAGAAAGAAAAGAGCUAUUCAAUGACCUUAGAAGAAAGGGAAAUUAUUUGGCCGACGGUGGCACUUGUUUUAAGCCUGUUAGGGAGGGUUAUGUACCAGAGAGAGAUAAAGUACCUUGUAACAACUGUUUAGGGUAUUUUUCCUCGAAACUUUUAUACAGACAUAAGAAAAAAUGUGUAAAGAAAGAUUCUGGUAGCUCUCAAAAUAGCAAACAGUUAAAACUAUUCCAUAAUGCUAAAGUAGAUCAACGACUGAAAGAGGAAGUAUUCCCGCAUAUGAGAGCGGACAAGUUGUCUUUGGAAGCUCAAAAAGAUCCACUUAUUUGCGAGUUCGGAGCUAAGUACUUAAAAACGCACCGUGAAAAACAUUUUAUUUACGUAACAUCACGCAAAAUGAGAGAACUUUCUAAAAUCCUUUUGGAAAUAAGAAAGUUGGAUCCAUCCAUAACCACAUUCAUUUCAGCUUUGAAGCCAAAGUAUUUCGACAUUUUCGUGGAAGCCACAAAACGAAUUGCCAAAUAUGAUUCGGAACGAGAUGUUUAUCUGUCUCCAACUUUCGCCAUGAAUAUUGUUACGUCUUUGAAACAGUGUUGCGAUAUUGCAAUUACUUUUAUUUACACUAAAAAUAAAGGUACCACUUUAUCUACUGCGGAAAUAGAGGCGGACUUGAAAACGUUGAUUCGUCUUUUUGAAACUAAUUGGAGUUGUGAGAUUUCUUCACAUGCCAGUUACAACCUUAAUCUUAACAAAUGGAACAAUGUAACCAUUGUACCUCUUGCCAGUGAUUUGCGUUUAUUAAGGAAUCAUCUCAUCGACUUAACUGGAGAAUCUUUAAGAGUCCUAAUUAAAGGAGCUGAGGAUAUGAAAUAUAUCAUAGAAGAUGAUAUCGAUCAUCAGCAAUAUCAAAAAAAGUCUGAUACAAUUCAAGCAUUUAAUAAUCUGAUGGAAACUAUUUAUUGUAGAGUCAUUUUAUUAAAUCGAAAACGUUCUGGAGAACUACAACGAAUGUAUUUACAUACAUAUCUGAAUACAUCAAACCAUACUCAAAAAUAUGAGGAAUUUGACAAUGUAGUCUCUCUACCCGAAAAAAUUCUCCUAAAAUCAUUGAAGAGAGUAGUUAUCCGAGGUAAACGAGGCAAAGGGGUUCCAGUUUUAUUUCAUUCUGACAUACAAGACAAUAUCAAAAAAAUGUUAGAAGUUAGACACCAUUUUGUGCCCAUAAAUAACCCAUAUCUUUUCGCAAUGGCGAAUUCAAAUUCACAUUUAAUAGGUUAUAAAGUGUUAGCCAAACAUGCUAAAUUAUGUGGAGCACAAAACCCAUCAUCAAUUACGUCAACCCGACUGCGCAAACAUCUUGCAACUUUAUCGCAAUUAUUCAACUUAUCAGAUGGGGAAAUAGAACAGUUGGCGACAUUUAUGGGACACACAAGUGGUGUUCACAGAAAUUCCUAUCGACUACCCGAUGAUGUUUAUCAAACGGCGAAGAUAUCUAAACUGUUGAUGGUAAUGGAAAAAGGAGGAGCAGAUCAAUAUAAAGGGAAAUCUAUUGAUGAAAUAAACAUUGAUAUGGAAAAAAAUCUUCUAAGUAACCGAGAUUCUGAUAAUGAUAGUGACGAGAUGAAAAUCCAAUAAUAAGGGAACUGUUGUCAAAGCCAUCUGCUCAAGAUUUUGUUCCAACAAACAACGUUGAUGGGAAACCUGUUGCAGGGACUAAAAAGAAAAAAACUCGUAAACUGGUUCCUUGGACAGAUGACCAAAAAAAAGUCACACUAAACUAUUUUAAAGAUCAUAUUAAAACUAAGAAGCCCCCUAAAAGAUUUGAAUGUGAAGGUCUGAAAACAAAAUAUGAAAAAAUUCUAAACAACAAAGAUUGGCUAAAAUACAUUUGAAAAAUAAUGAACUUCUUAAUUUUCUUAAUAGCGGAAAAAAAGUAUUUGUUUAUUUUAGUUGUCGAAAAAGCUUUACAGAGCGUGUUUCAACUGAGAUAAGAAAACUUGAACUUUGUGAAAAAGAAUCUCUUAGCAACGCCAGAAUAUUUCUGUUGUUACUUCCCAUCAUACGAAGAAUAAAUUACUUGACCUUAUUAAGAAUAAAAGAGAUUAAUCUCUUCUUUUGAGGAU